AGUUGCUUAUGUCGCUGUAGUGCAGAGAGGUGGGGGAGCGAACAGAAGCGAAAAGAGACUGUGCAAAACAGCCCCCCACCCCUCCUCUACGGGAAAUGGGUCUCAGGCUGAUGAGUAAGGCAAGAAGCUCCUGUAGCGCUGGUGCAUCUGAAGCUACGCAGCUAUGGAGGAAAGGGCCCAGUGUCAAAUAAGGGGAGACAGUAAUUGGCCCCUGCAGCCUGUGGUCUGUUUGUGUCUCCAGUGGAUCAAAUACACCUUCUUCCCUUAAUAUCUCUGCAUUAUAUAAGAAUACACCAAUUUAUAUGCACAACACCUGAGCUUCAUCUUUCUAAGGCUUCACUAUGGAAGCCCGUUUCCACCACAGAGUAAAAAAUAUGAAAGGGUUGUGUUUUCUGCAUCCUUGUAUCGUGAGAGCAGUUACAUCUUCCAACCGCAUGGAGGCGCAGCAGGCUUCUCCUGACAGCAGCAGUGAGGAAUGUACUGUACUAGAGGCUCUGCCUGGCAAGGGAACAGCGAUAAUUUGCUCUCAACACAAAGGAAAAGUGUCUGUGUUGUACUGUUUGGCCUGCGAGAAUGCAGUAUGUGAGGACUGUAUGAAUGGAGAACAUGCUGAGCACCCCACUGAUUCACUGGAAAAUAUUGUGGACCAGCAGCUAGCGGCGUUACAGGACAGAGUGGAUUCAGCCAAGAACAGGCUUCCUCAGAUAAGAGAGGCAGUUCAGAGUUUGAGAGACAUUCUGCAGCAGUUGAACUCUCAGCGGAGCUCCAUAGAAGAAGACAUCCACUCCUCCUUCAGCGAGCUGCACAAAACCCUCGAUACACGCAAGAGCGUCCUGCUCAUGGAGCUGGAAGUCACGUAUGGACUGAAGCAGAAGGUUUUGCAGGCUCAGUUGGACACUCUUCUGCAGGAGGAAGCUGCCAUCAACUAUAACUGCAGUCUGACUGGUGAAGCCCUGGACGGGGAAAACAAGGCUGUCAUUCUGCAGACCCAUAAAGACGUAGGAGAAAGACUCAGUGACCUGGCCAGCCAGGGCCUUCCUCUUCAGCCUGAGGAGAACGACCAGCUGGAUCUCAUGAUGGAGAUUGAAGGACUUCGCAAAUCCAUCCACAACCUGGGAACAAUCGUCACCACCAACGCGGUGGCCAGUCAGACCGAGGCGUCGGGGGAGGGUCUGGAACAGUGCAUCGUGGGCCAGCCGGCAACUGUCAUCAUAACCACGAGAGACAAAUCUGGAGGACUGUGCAAGACGGGUAACGCCAUCAUCUCAGCUGAAGUCUGCACGCCGGAUGGCAGCGUCGCAGAUGGAGAAAUUGUGGACCAUAAAAAUGGAACGUAUGAAUUCCAAUACACGGUGAAGAAAGAGGGCAAUUUUAGUCUAGCGCUUAGACUUUACGAUCAGCAUAUUAAAGGAAGCCCCUUCCAGUUAAAGGUCACCAGCUCUCCGGAUGAUUCUCCACCCACCACCACCGCAGCCAACGCUGCUUCCACCGGUUCCAGCGAUGGCGGGGCGCGGAAACGAAGCGCUAAGUCCCCGGGGAGCCGAAGCCGGCAGAAGGGCGUCAGACGGGGAGGAAGCUUGUUCAGCACCCCAAAAAAGAGAGUGAACCCGAUCGAGGACGACCUCAUUUUUAGAAUAGGAACGAAAGGGAGGAAUAAAGGAGAGUUCACUAACCUCCAAGGAGUAGCAGCUUGUUCAGAAGGAAAAAUCUUAAUUGCAGACAGUAACAAUCAGUGCGUGCAGAUAUUUUCAAAUACGGGAGAGUUUCAGAGCCGUUUCGGGGUGCGUGGCCGUUCGCCGGGACAGCUGCAGCGGCCCACUGGAGUAGCUGUGCAUCCAAACGGGGACAUCAUCAUUGCUGACUAUGACAAUAAGUGGGUUAGCAUCUUCUCCAGUGAGGGUAAAUACAAGGCUAAGCUGGGCUCGGGAAGGCUGAUGGGCCCAAAAGGUGUAUCUGUGGAUCAGAACGGUCAUGUUAUCGUUGUGGAUAACAAGGCCUGUACAGUUUUCAUCUUCCAGCCCAGCGGGAAACUCGUCACUAAGUUUGGCAGCAGAGGAAACGGUGACAGGCAGUUUGCGGGUCCACACUUUGCAGCAGUCAACAACAACAACGAAAUAAUCAUCACAGACUUUCAUAACCACUCUGUUAAGGUAUUUAAUGCAGAUGGGGAGUUCUUGCUGAAGUUCGGCUCUAACGGUGAAGGGAACGGGCAGUUCAACGCUCCCACAGGGGUUGCUGUGGAUGUCAAUGGGAACAUUAUUGUGGCAGACUGGGGAAACAGUCGGAUACAGGUGUUUGACUGAAGCGGAUCGUUCCUGUCCUACAUCAACACGGCAGCAGACCCUCUCUACGGUCCGCAGGGUCUUGCUCUGACCUCUGACGGCCAUGUUGUGGUGGCUGAUUCCGGGAACCACUGCUUUAAAGUGUACCGCUACCUGCAAUGACUUCAGAGAGACUCUGAUCUAAGACGGAAAGAGAAUCAGUCAUACUGUAUGUGUCCAAAUCUUGCACUUAAUGUAAUGUAAUGGUAUUCUUCCUCCUUGGUUUUCACAUCUUUUUUGUAUUUGUUACUAUUGUCGGAUGACCUUCUAAGAAGACUACAGCUUGUAAACACUUGUUUAUGGGAUGCCUUGGAAUGCCUUUGCCAAACCUCCACGCUCUACACUGUGGAAAUACUGAGACGUCAGAAUGCAUUGGUGAGUGAACUGCUACCUGAGCUCAAACUCUGCUCCUAUGUGCUGCAUGUGUGGACCAUGCAUGCGCUGCCAACUUCUGGACACAUCCGAGCCCCAUCUGACUUCUAGGAUGCUAUUAGAACACUAUCUCAACACUUUCUCAUGAACCUUUUGAUAAGGAUAUGGUGUAGAGAUACUCGUAUCUCAUGCAGCCAAGAGAGCAGGCAGCGAUAUCUCUUGUCUUCAAGCUUUAGCAUUCCCUCCUCAACCUGUUCUUAUCUUACAGUUUACUUAUAAACUAUGUCAAAUGUUUGAAAUAACUAUGAUUUUUUUUAUGUAAUAAAGUUAUGUAAUAAAGCUCAUCAAGGCUGCAUUUAUUUGAUCAAAAAAACAGUAAAAACUGUAAGGUUGUGAAAUAUUAUUACAGUUUAAAAUAACUUUUCUAUUUAAAUAUAUUAAAAUGUAAUUUAUUCCUGUGAUGGUAAAACUAUUACUCUAUUACUUUAAUCUUUAUUGUCACAUGAUUCUACAGAAAUCAUUCUGAUUUGCUGCUCAAGAAACAUGUCUUAACAUUAACAAGGUUAAACAACUGUGCUGCUUAAACAUUUUGUGGAAACCAAGAUACACUGCUAACAAAGUGAUCGAAAAGUUAAGCGGUUUUUCUAUUUCAAAUAAAUUCUAUUCAUUCACUAAUCAAGAAAUCCUAAAAUAAGUAUAUCAUAAGUCUCCACAAACAUACAAUAAUUCUACAACAGCAAAAAUUGUUUUCGACAUUGAUGAUAAUUUAUUAUUAAUAAUAAUAACUGAGCACCAAAUAAGCAUAUUGGAAUGAUUUCAGAAGCUGAUUUCAAGGUGAAAGAAUGAUUUCUUGAUGUAACACUGAAGAUUGAAGUAAUGAUGCUGAAAAUUCAGCGUUGCCAUCACAGGAAUCAAUGAAAUUGUACAUUAUAUUCAAAUGGAAACAGUUAAAUUGUAAUAAUAUUUAACAAUAUUGCUGUUUUCACUGUAUUUUUUAAUCAAAUAUAUGCAACAUUGCUGAGCAUAAGACACUUAACAACACUUAUUAACAAAAAAAAUGCAAAUGAAUCAAAAAAUGUGACUGGUAGUAUUGGCAUGAUUAUAGUUUCACGAACUAUGAUCAUAUUCCACCUGUGUCUGUUUAAUUCACUAUUUUCAGUGCAACUGCAAUAAGCAAAAUUACAGUGUGCUAUUGAAACAUCACCAACAACAUCUGAAUCAUUUGUCGUGUGUACGUGUGUAAGAGACUAACAGUAGAUUACACAAUGCACUGUUGCCUUGCAUACUUCUAGAAUGAGACUAGCAGCAUAUGGCUCUUUAUUUAGAAAAUAUUAGGACUCUCUAUUUUCCUUACAAAUGCUAUUAAAAACUGGAAAUAUCUAUAUAUUUGUGUAUUUAUCGUAAAUAAUGUUUCGAAGGAAAGAUGUUUGGGUUUCAAAUGCAAACAUAGUUAAAAGCCAAACAUUUUCAAAGAACUGAUUUUUGAUUUGUCAAACUUUCUCUCAUGUAUCCCAGGAUUCUUAGAGGCAUGAUUCACAUACUGUAGUAGUAAUGAUGUCAUACAAAUUUCAUCAUAACUGAAUGGCAAUAGUAUUUCAUCUCAUUACGAUGCAAAGGUCAUUUUGUGUUCUUGCUUUUAUAUUCAAAUUCCAGAAUGUGUUCAUUUUGUUUUGGUACAGAUACUCUGUACCGUAAGUUGUUUGCAUAUGCACAAUGAUUUGCAUAAUGUGCUGAUUUGAUUUAUUUUCUGUAUAUAAGGAUUGUAUGUAAAGAAUGUUUUGUACGUUCAUCAGAAAAUAAUUUUACUUGAAUGUUAAUGUUUUACGUCUGUACAAAAAAAUUAGCCUUAACAUUUACAUCUUGCAACAUUUAUUGAUGAAAAUGGUUUCAGUGGAAUACUUUAUUUUAUUUAGUUUAUUUAGUUGAUGUGUGCCUGUUUACAACUUAUGACAAUAAUCCUGCUUGGACUGUGUUUUUUUUAAUUAAUAUCGCUAUCACGUCAUUAUCAUGCUAACGUACAGCUCAUUAAAAAGUGACUUUGGAAAA